GUUCGCUAGUGAAGCAGAGCGGGUGUCAAACUCAAGUAUUUUAAUCACGACCAAAACACUACAUUAAAAGCUGUAUUUGGGAGGAUGAUAGGAUGUCCUCCAGUGAACAACGUCUUCAGUGUUGUGGACUCCAAACAUAGCUCCUGGUUUAGAUGAUCAAAAGCUUGUGUAAUAGUGUUGACUUAGAUAUAAUGUUGACUUCCCCUCUACAGUUUGUAACAUGUGUGAUCUCUAGGAUACAGAAAAUGCAGUUUUUAUUAUGUAUUUUUAUAUGAGUUUUUUUUGUAUUGUAUUACUUUUGGACUGUGAGGUAAUUUAAACAUUUCAUAAGCUUCCGUAAUGGCUGCUCUAAGAUGUACUUGCACUCCAUUGGCAUGUACAAGAUGCCCUUUGGAGUACAAGAACCUGAAACUGUUAAAGCAGCAUCUUGAAGAGAAGCAUAAUGCUGACAGAAAGCAGAUCUCUCUCAUUUCAAGGAAACAGUUAGAGCUUAAGAGAAGGUGUAGAAAAUGUAAAUCUCAGAUGCUUGGAAUAUCUCAGAGAAAGUUUUCCAAUGUGCAACAGUUACCUGUUAACAAUGAUCAUAGAAUAAAAGGUAUUGAUAUGUGUAAAGAAGGAAAUACAAUUCCAUGUGGAAAAAGGUGUAAGGAUGAAGGUUUAGUUAUUGAUACAGAUGAUUCAGAGUGUGAUGAUAAUGACUAUGAUGAAGACUUUGAUGAUGAUUCCACAAUGGAUGAGGUACCUUUUGAAAUGAAGUGUACUUGUCCAAAGUUAAAAUGUGUCCAUUGUUCAGGCAUAUUUUCUAAGUGUAGAGACUUAUGGAAUCACAUGGAUGAAUGUGAUCACAAGCAUGCAUUGUAUUUUAAGACAGUGCGGUUAAAGAAGAAAAAGUUAAAAUCUUUAUGUCCAGUGUGCUCAGAGGUAAAGGGAAAUAUUAUAGAAAGGAGAAACGGUGGAAAGCAUGUUAAUGUUGGACCAGGUUCUCAAGAUAGCAGAAAUUUGUACUCUAACAAUGUAGCAAGUGAUAUGGAAAACUUACUUUGUAUUCAAAGUAUAGAAAACUGUCAAAGUGUAGAAUUAUCAGCAAUAACAGAUGCUAAGAUGGGAGAAAGAGUAUCUCCCAUGGCAUUUAUAAAAUCUGCAAAUGAAGCAGAUAAUGGUAGUCCAUCACUAAUAGUCAUCACAAUAUCUGAAGAUGAAGCAGGGUUACCAGUGAGCAGAGUGGGUGAUUAUUCUGAGCCAAGGGAAGACCAUACAAGUGAUGAAUCAUUUCCUGUGUAUAGUAGCAUGCGAAGAUGUUUAGAACAGUGUCUCCAGCUUGUUGAGUUAGAAAACAAUUGUAAGAUUAAUACACUGAGCAUUAAUGAAGAGAAAAAUAACGAGAAAUCACAAGAGAAAGCUACUCAGUUCACAUGCUUUGUGUGCUCAAAAAGUUUAGAAUUUUUUUCACUGCUUAAAGACCAUCUAAUAAGUGAACAUUUAUUGAAAUUUUGGAGAACUGAGGAAAAUCGUCAGACUUCAAAAUUUGUAGAAAUAUUGUGUGAUGAACUAAAGAACAUUGAUUGCAAGUGUUGUGAAUUUAUCUGUCAAGAAUGCAAGGCCAAGUUUUCCUCACGGUUCCUCUUGUUAAAGCACACUUCUGAAAGUCACUGUAGGAUUUUCUCUCCACAAUUAUUACAGGAUGAUCAGAGGAGAAAGAUUGAUGGCUUUUGUAACCAGUGUAUAAUCUUGCAGAAGUUGUGGAUCAUAGAUUAUGCAUUGUUUAUCACAGUUUUGAAGCACCUGGAAGAAAUUUCUAAUGAACAGUAUACAGCCCUCUUGCACUUUUAUCCUUUAAAAGAAUCCUGUGGAAACAAUCAAGAAAUCCGAUCCAAGAAAGAGGUCAGUCAAGAAAGCAAAGAGCUGUGUACAUUAAUGUAUGAAGAAGAAACCAUGAAUUCUAAUGAAGAAUUAGAGAUUCAUUGCUAUUGUAUCUUGCAGCCAGGGUGUAAGGUACCUCAGUACACAGAAUGUGUAUGUCCUAUGUUGAAGUGUCCUGAAUGUCCACAGACAGUAUGUAACUUCAGUGAAUUGAGGAGACACACAAGGUUGAAUAAUCAUAAUAAUUCCAGUGCCAUGAGACUUCUCUGGAAUAAUUAUAAAUAUUUCAAGAAGCACUGCCCUGCUUGCAAAGAUUUUGUAUAUCAUAAUUACAUUUUGUGUCCACACUGCCCACAUCUACAUUUUGAAGAAGAAGACAAAGCAAGUAAUCAUAUGGAUAUAGUCCAUGGAAGAACUGCGACAGGUGAAGACUUAACCUGUAUUUGCACCAAUGUUUUCCUGUGUUUAGCAUGCCAAAAAUAUUAUAGAACUCCACAGGGUCUCCAUCAUCAUAUGAGAAGGCUUGGCCAUGAAACACCAGAAAACUUUGAGGCCAUUCCAAAAAUGAUCAAAGAGAAAUUGGCACAGAGGAAAAAGUGUCCUCAUUGCUCACUUCUUACAUCAUCUGCUAUCUCUGAUACUGAGGAAUGUGAGGACCAGCCUGACUGCACCUGUCAAUGGGCUGUAUGUAAAACAUGUGGGAAUUCUUACAGGAAAGUUAGCUCAUUGUUGUCUCACAUGAAAAAAAUGGGACACCAGAGUAGUGAUAGAUAUAUACAGUCUGAACGUGAAAAGGUUGCCACUUCAUUUAAAGCAUGUCUAAAGUGCAAUAGCAAUGAUGAUAGAUUUUGCAUCUUUUGCAACAAACGGGAAAACUUUGUCUACCAUCACAUACGGACACACCACCAGGAUCAGUUGAUCAUGCUGCUUAGUGAUGAAAAUAUGAUGACUAUUGAUGAAUAUCAAGUGAACAAUUCAAAAUAUGAAUGCAGUAUUUGCCUUAGAAGAUUUUUACACACUCCAACUCUCCGCUGCCAUGUGCGAAAGGUCCAUCCACACCAUUAUUUCACUCUGCAGUGUUUGAGUUUGGAAAAUAACAAUCUCACAAUGAAUGACUUUGCUAGCAAGAGAGAAAAUAAGAGUUAUUGGUGUUGUGCCUUCAGACAAUCAGGUGCCCAGGAAGGAGGACAAACAAACCUUGGAUAUGGAACAGCCAAGCACUAGCAAAAUGUCUAUGGAUUCUAGUGUUUCCAAACAUGUUAAAUGUCAGAAAUUGGGUAGGAAUAGUCAAAGAAAGAAAAAAGUAAGUCUCGCUGAAAUAUAGAGAAUGUAAAGGAAAACUCAGAGACUGAGAUGUAAAGAUCAAUAAAUAUUUCUUUCUCAGGUAUAUGUAUACUGUUUAACAGCAGUAAUUUAUACACUUUUUACAUUCUUUCUGGAUGGUGAUUUAAUAUAAAAUGUAAAAAUGUCUAA